ACUCGUCGCGAGGUGACUUCCGGAUUCACAGUCCGAGCCGAAGUCGCUCGGCGCGCCAACGAGCGAGGCUUGGAUGCUCUCUACGAGAAACUUAUAGGAGACAACAACGACUUAGUUCCUUUCAUAGAGCGUUUGAUAGACAUCAUCUCUCUGGACCGGCGCAUCUCAUGGGCGUUCGAGGACCGAGACAUCGAGACACUCCAAGAAGGACUGCUCUAUUAUUUUUCUGAUGUCUUGGGCGGUCCCCUGACGUACAAGGGAAAGAAUCUCUCUGCUAUACAUCGUCCGUUGGAGCUCAACGACUUCCACUUCGACGCUUUUUUGAUGGACAUUGAACGCACUCUGUCAAGUGUUGGCGUAGAUGAUGACACAGUGGAUGAGGUCAUCGUCAUCCUGGAGCCUCAGCGAGCGAGCAUCUUGUCUGGGCAAAAGAAAAAAUUCGAGUCCGGUGCGCGUAUUGUGGAUGGAAAGAACCUUCUCGAUCGAAUUGGUGGAGAAAUGACUAUCGAAGCUGUCGUCGAUACGAUGUUCAGCGCACUCCAGUCCGACCCUCGAGUUAAGUUCUUUUUCCACUUGGACGCUUCUCGAAUACGACAGAUAAAAAUCCGCUUAGUUCAGCUCCUCGUAGGAGCCAGCGGAGGCCCAAAGUUGUACGAAAUUGCGAGAUUGAAACCGGCCCAUUUUCACCAUAACAUAACUGACUUCCAUUUCGACGCGUUGUGUGAAAAUUUACGAGUCUCGUGUGAAGUGACAGACAUCACACCUGCAUUCACCGAUGAGCUCAUGGAAACGAUUGAGAAAUUGCGCCAGGAAAUCACCAGUGGAU